ACAGACCAUGGCAAGACUGACUCAGUCAGCAAAACAAUUUUGAGACUCGCGACCAACAGUUCUGCAGCAUUGGUCUGGCAAUCCAUAAUUGCCGUGAUGCGCCGCAUGAACCGUUCGUGCUGCCGCUGGCAAGGCUGACAGUGCCCAUCCUUCGGUCUGCGACGCAAAUACAUGCCGCCCCCGGGGCCAACCGCGCCGCUCCCCCACAUACAACGCCGGCGAACCACAAAGCCAUCCCAAGCGCCACUAACGGAAUAGGAAAGAAUAUGGGCUGUCAACGCCCCAAAAAUACAACAAUGAGCGCGAACUUUAAGCAUGCUUGCAAUCCAUCAGGCAAUGCGGCGCAGCAGUGUGGGUGGGAAAUGUAGAUAAAAGCAAUAGUACAAAGGGGCACCCUUCAUGAUCUAAACCACAACACUCACUCUUCUUUUUCAUACCAUCUUAAUUCCAGAAAUCUCUGUACCCAAACAAUGGCGACGAUACUCAACUUCCUCCUCUUCAGCCUGACGCCAUUCAGCGUCAAGGCAUUCUACCCCCACAACGAACAAUCACCACUGAUCCCCACCCUCACACCCCCAACAUUCAUCGUCCCCCUCAUACUAGACAACCACCUAACCUACCACUUCCCCUCAACAACCUCCAGCACAACAACGCCCCUAGACCUACAAGCCCUACACACAAUCAUCAGCGCAAGCGCACCAGCCUCCCAACCAAAUCUAAUCUCCAUCGACAUCCCCCUGGACACAACAGCCCCCGCAUCCUUGAGCAUCUCCGCCGCAUCCACCAGAGUCUUUCCAGCCCCCGACGACCAUGAGAUGACAUGGCUCGACACCACGCGCCCCGGCUCGAACCUCGCCCUCUCCCAAUUCGGCAUUCGUAAGGGCGGUAUGGUAAGCAUCGAAGCGCGCAGCGCGCGCCUCGCCCUCGAAACACCCUUCCUAUCCGUGCCGGUGGAGAUAUACAAUAUCCUGCUCAUGGCCACACAUCCCGUGUUCGAUCACGAAAACACGGGGUUGGGUGAAGGGGUGGUGGACUGCGCCGCGCUGUCCAGGUUUCCGGAUCUGGUUCUCGGGCUGGGGAUGCAACGUGGGAAUGAUGAGGGGGAGGAAAGCGGCGGCGAUGGGGAGGAGGGCGAGAUUGUCAUCACGCCUGAGCAGUAUGUUAUGCGGGUUGGGGAGGGGAGGUGUGUGCUUCUUGUGCGUAGUUUGGGGAGGGUUGAGGGGGAGGAGGUGGUGUUGGGGUGGGCGGCGGUCAGGGGGAGGAAGGUUGUGUUGGAUUGGGGGAAUGGAAGGACGGGGUUUGGGUGGUAG